AAAAAAUGUCAACAACGAAGAAGAGGUCUGCUGACUUAAGCUAGUCAGUUUAGCAGCAAGUAGAAAGUAGCAGUGUCUUCUACAGGAAAAAAUACAUAACAUUAUAUUAGAAUAUUUUGACGUUGUAUAGCUGCAUUAAUUAAGAGGUGAGGUUAUAAUAACAGUAUGAAAGGUUUAUACUGCCGAGCUGGUGAGAGUGAUGCUGAGCCCAAGUUCGUUAUUCAGGAAACGAGUCUUCCAGAGGUUUUAGGCAGCCAUCUGGUCCGAGUUCAGGUAAAGGCAUGUGGACUCAGCCCAGUGGACUUCAAGCUGCUUGAUGACUUGGGGAUCCAGAGAGAUCUAAUUCCUGUUGGCAGAGAGGUGGCCGGGGUCGUCCUGCAAGUGGGCGACAAGGUCUCUUUCUUCCAGCCGGAGGAUGAGGUUGUAGGCAUUCUGCCUCUGGACUCUCCCUGCUCUGGACUCUGUGAUGUCAUUGAAAUAGAUGAACACUAUUUAGUUCAGAAGCCAGAGAAGCUCAGCUCGGUGUGUGUCGCAGGAGCUCUGCGUGACGGCCUGUGUGCUCACACUGCUCUACACACACACGCUCGCAUGGCAGCCGGACACACACUCCUGGUCAUGGACGGAGCCAGCUCUUUUGGCCUUAUGUGCAUCCAGUUGGCUUGUCACCACGGAGUGAAGGUUUUAACGACGUCACACUCGCCGCAAAAACACACAUUCCUGGAGCAGCUUCGGCCCAGCGUAGGUGUUCAGGAUCCUUUAGUAGUUAAGGUUAUUCCAGUUUAUAACGGCUCAUCAGACCUGCUGCCAGUGGUUUUGGAGGAGACAGGAGGACUGGGAGUGGAUAUAGUCAUAGACUCUGGAGUACGUCUGCACGAGGAAGAGUCAGAGAAGACGAAGCUCCUCCCACACAAACAUGACAUCAUCAGUGUGCUGGGAGUCGGGGGCCACUGGGUCACAUCCCACAAAGACCUGCAGUUGGAUCCUCCAGAUUGCAGAUUCCUGUACUUAAAAUCAGCCUCUAUGACUUUCCUCAACCAUGAAGUGUGGACGGCUUCAUCGGCUCAGCAAGGAAGAUACCUCCAUAUUCUGAAGGACGUUGUGGAGAAGAUGUCAGCCGGAGUUCUCAGACCUCAGCCUGAAGAGGCGGUCCCUCUCUAUGAAGCCACGGUUACCAUGGCGACUGUCCAGCGUCACCAGAAGAAAAAAGCUGUUGUUCAACUCUGACCACAACACUCGUCUGAGAUGGGCCUGAAACCUGCCGCAGCAUGCAUCAUCACAGGCAGACAACAUCAACCUGCUGCCUGUCUGGGCUAACACGGAGA